CCGGAAUUGAUAAUGAAGGGACAAAGACACACAUGCACUAUAUUAUAUAGCGGUUGUCCUUAGAAUCAAUAGUAAGAACACUACUUAAUGUCCUGGAAUAAAAAUUAAAAUAGAUGGCAAACAAUAAAAUGAAGGAAAGGAUACAAUGUGUUUCUUUUGCAUUUCUAUACAUCCUGCCCCUUCUCCUCUCUAUCAUCAUCUUAGUGGCAGCCGUUUGGCUCAGCAAUUCCUGCGUCAGCUUUGGAAUCGCACGAGGAUUAGUCGCAUGUGGAAUUGCGAUGUUAAUAUUGGGCCUGCUGGGAUGCGUGGCAAUGUCGGUCAGGAGGGCGGUGGGCGUGGAAUCUCAUUUAAUGAACCUGCUAAGUGCUUUCUACUUUUUGUUCACGGCUAUAUUUUCCAUUGUCAUCCUUGGCUACGUCAUCUACGCGUUCUCUGUCACCGGAUACUCCGGCUCCCCCGACUCGGUGCCGGACCGGGCUUACGUGGAAUACCGUCUUGAUCACUUCUCUCACGCGCUUCGCCGACAAGUUAGUGGCAACUGGAGGUGGGAUCCCAUCAUAAGCUGUCUCACCCCUUCCAUUGCGUGCGCGCAGUUGGACAACGCAUACUCCUCUGCGCAACAGUUGUUCGCUGCACAUCUCAACCCCUUGCAGUCUGGAUGUUGUAUGCCAUCGGCAGAAUGUGAGUACACUUUUGUAAGCUCAACUAAUUGGACGCCAAAUAAUCAAACAGGCGGUGACUGUGCAAAUUGGAGCAUUGACCAGAGACAACUUUGCUACUCUUGUGAUUCUUGCAAAACAGGAUUUCUAGCCAACAUGACAAAGAGAAUUAGAAAGGCCAGUCUCAUUAUACUUAUUCCGACAUUGGUAUCAAUUUUUGUUCUUGUUGGGAAUUUCAUUGAUUUUUGUAAUCAUAACAGGGAUUGAUACAUUGAGGUUCUGCUUGUUGUUUUGAUAUAUGAUUGCUUUUGUUUUCUUAUGUCACUUAAAUUUUGACACUUCCUCUGUCUCGAUUGUCCCAUUU